CAUGGAAAAAAUUUCCAUACCAAACAUUGAGCUUGUCAUCAUAGAAAAAAACAUCACAAACAUAACCAAUAACCAAAAACCAACCUCAUUAAUUGUCACAAAGAGAUUCUUAACAUGUUUGUUAACAAAACUCCAUGCAGGUUACUUCAGAAUCAGUCUCUCACUUGGUGGACAAGCAUUACUUUGGAAAACCCUAAUUGGACCAACAAAAGACACAAGCAUUUCAAGACAUGUUCUUAGCAUGUUACCUAAUUCAGUUUUCAUUCUACUAUGGUCUUUGUCUCUUUUUAUACUCUCAUUACUCUCUCUUCUUUACCUCUUAAGAUGUUUGUUUUUCUUCAAGAUGGUAAAAGCUGAAUUCUUACACCAUGUAGGAGUUAACUAUCUUUUCGCCCCGUGGAUUUCGUGGUUUCUGUUACUUCAAUCAUCACCGGUAGAAUUUAUAACUCCUGAAACCCUAACUUACUUGAUUCUAUGGUGGAUAUUCGCGGUUCCGGUGGUGAUUCUUGAUAUUAAGAUUUAUGGACAGUGGUUUACUAAAGGGAAGAGGUUUUUAUCGACGGUGGCGAAUCCCACGAGUCAGUUAUCGGUUAUAGGGAAUUUGGUUGGAGCACGAGCUGCGGCGGAGAUGGGAUGGAAAGAAAGUGCAGUUUGUUUGUUUUCAUUAGGGAUGGUUCAUUAUUUGGUGUUGUUUGUAACACUUUAUCAGAGAUUCUCAGAUGGUGAUAGUGUUCAUGUGAUGUUAAGGCCAGUUUUGUUCUUGUUCUUUGCAGCACCUGGUGUGGCUUGUUUGGCUUGGGAAUCUAUUGUUGGAGAUUUUGAUACUCUUUCCAAGAUGCUAUUCUUUUUGUCUCUAUUCCUCUUCAUCUCACUGAUUUGCAGGCCAGCCCUAUUCAAGAGAUCUAUGACAAGAUUUAAUGUUGCAUGGUGGGCUUACUCAUUUCCUGUUACAAUCCUUGCUUUGGCUUCAACUGAAUAUGCACAACAAGUCAAAGGAGCAUUUUCACAUAUUCUAAUGCUCAUUCUUUUGGCACUUUCUGUUCUUGUUUCUGUUUCUCUUACGGUCUUUACUCUCCUCAACUCUAAGAUGCUUCUACCAGAUAAUGAUCCCAUUGCAAGCUUCCUCAUUGUUUAAUUCUUUUGUUGGUUAUCAAUAGUGCUAAU